UUCAGUUGUUCUUCUCCUCCGACUUGGAGCACUUAGGCACCCGCCAACACUCAAGAAUUGCAGAGAGGCGGUGAAAAAGGAUUUCCAAACCCACCCAAACAAACUGUCCUCAACCCUCAACUCUUCUUUUUCCUUCUUCAAAUUUUCUCCAGUCUCCCUCCCGCGUCCCCUUUGUUCCUCUUCUCCUGCCGCUUCAUUUUCUUCUUCUCCGCUGAUUUGCUCUCAAUCAGGCUCAGGGCUUGCGGUGAUAUCUGAUAACCACGCCUUUGAGACUUGAGCUGCUCGAGGCCUGCGAUCGCCGACGAGCUUGUGAGAAGGCUUACGGGUGGAUUUCAUGGAACCAAACAGAGUUUCAUGCUAUAACUUUCAAUCUGCUUAGGAGAAGAUAUUGAGUCUCAUAAUUGCAUUAUUCAGUCAGACGAUAUAAGCCUGCCAUAUUGGAUCGCAAACAUUAUACAUCCAAGAAAGAGGGUAACAGUUGGGUGAAAGAUGCUUCAGAUCCGGCUUAAGAGUGUUGCACCCCCAGAGGGUGCUGCAGGGGUAAAACCCUUGCCAGCGGAGACUGUGACAGUUGCAUGCCCUGACCACCUUGUCCUUGCUGAUCUUCCUGUCGCAAAGGGCAUUGGUGCUUCAACCAUUGCUUCAAUUGUCAAGACUGUAGGUCGCAGGUCCCGUCGCCAGCUUGGAGAACGGGUUCACUUUUGUGUUCGCUGUGAUUACCCAAUUGCUAUCUAUGGACGCCUGAGCCCUUGUGAGCAUGCCUUUUGUCUGGAUUGUGCUAGGAGUGACUCGAUCUGCUAUCUUUGUGAUGAACGCAUCCAGAAGAUCCAGACGAUCAAAUUGAUGGAGGGAAUCUUUAUUUGCGCAGCCCCUCACUGUCUGAAAUCUUUCCUGAAGAGGAGUGAAUUUGAAUCUCAUAUCCAUGAGAACCAUGCUUACCUUCUUCAGCCAAAUGCGGACAAAAUGGAUGGAAAUGAGUCAGAAGCUCGAAGUACCAAACAAGGUACAGUAUCGGAAUCCACUGGCCGUGCUCCACCAAGGCCAGUCUUUUCUCCUGGUUCAAAUUCCCAGCUCCAUGACCGUGAGGACAAAGCUCGUCUUCAACAAUCUAGAGAACAGUCACUUCCAAGGCCAGUCAUACAGCCCAACCCAGCCCCAGCUUUUGGGCAACUUCAGAAUAACCCAGCAGAUCUCAGUCGUCCCCCAGGCUUUGACAGGCCUAGUCCCCACAAUCUCUUCCAUCAACAAAGCUAUGAUUCAGUGGGUAAUACAAUGCAGGAAUCUGGCCAGUUUUCAGAUAAGCAGCAGACUCCCUUUUCUGAAUACCCACCCAUGCAUUCUAUUCAGCCCCCCAAUUAUGCAGUUCCCAUUAAUUCGAAUCAAGUGCGGAUGCCCCUUCCAUUUGCCUAUCCUUUUCCCGUUGAUGGAUCUCAACCAUUUUAUAAUGCUCCCUAUGAGAUUGCACGGCAGGAUUCAGCACCAGAUGUUGGACAAGAACAGGGGUCGUUAUUGGGUUUUCCCCCAGGUUCAGCGGGGAACAUGAAUUUCGCUGCUAGUUAUCCACAGUCUUGGAAUGCAGGACAGGCCGGGGUUCCUUUUGAAGCUGCACAAGGGGGUCAAGGAACUGCAGAUGGUUUCUCCAACUCCUCAGAGUCUCAAGGACAAGUUGCAUUUUAUCAAGGAGAAUACGGACGGAAUCCAGGGGGUAUGCCUUUCAAUCCUCAGCAUAUGACCAACAAAGCAAUGGAAGCAGUGCAGGGUGGAAAUUCUAUGGAUCCAAGAGAUGGCAAAGGUAUAUUAGCAUCACAGCCCAUGCCCCUUCCUCCGCCGCCUCCACCCCCACCUCACAUGUCACAGCUCAAUCGUCAGUUUUAUCAAGGUGAUACCGGUCGAGAUGGACAGGGGUAGGACUGGCAACAUGAGAACCCCGUGAUGACUAUGGUGGUGGCCAAGUCUAGAAAACAUUUCAUCUUUGUAAUUUCCCCCUUUUUUUUAACCCUCUGUGGAACUCGUUACGGUUAUUAUUUGGUCCAAAGCUCUCUUGAGUAUUUGUUUCGCUCCC